AUAAAUGACUAGUUCAAUAUUUCUUCAUACGAUUAUGCCAAAGUUGACAUUUCAAAGUUAAGUGUUACUGUCAUUAUGUCGAAGAAAAUUCAUAAAACUGCCAAAAGAGGAAAAGAUAAACAAAACUAUGUGGAACCAGUCCAAUUUUCGGAAGCUGCAGUACAAGUUGAAGAAAAAGUAAUAGUUGAGGAAAAAAUAGGUCCUAUCAAAAUAAUCCUGGAAUGUUAUCAAAGUGUAGUGGGAUUUUUUCAAAUCUCUAGUAUACAAACCAAAUGUUCAUUUCUAGAAAAAGUAAUAGGUGAAACGGCUUGGAUACCAGUUUCCGACGAUGAAUUUCUAGACAUAGAUGAAACUUUCUACCUCGACGUUGACAUUAAUUCUGUCAAACACUUGAAUAGGCUGAUAUCUUCCCCUGUCGUAGUGUCAGUAUACCAAAUGAUGGAAGCUUACGAUCCAAACCUUCAAGAUCAACUUCAAAACAGUAUAAGGGUGAGUUCAAUAACUUCAAAAGUUUUUGAAGGCUUCCGCGAAAGCAUCAUCAGCGUAUACGAACCGAUUCCGGAUCAAGCGCUAGAAUUUGCAGAAGAAAGCAACCAAAAGGAGAAGGCAUCACCAAAAGGCAAAAAAAGUAAAUCGCCGAAAAAAGGGAAGAAUAGGUCCUCUGCUAGCGAACCAAGCACAUCGAAGGCUUCUAUGAAAACUAAGGCAACUAAGAAACCAGUUAAAACUAAGCUUUCUAAGAUUAAAUCAAAGUCGACAUCGUCUACAUCAGCGACUACCUCAGGUUCGGCUAUUGAAAUUCGGAAAGAGGUUAUGAGUUUUGGGAUGUGUACGAUCGAUCUACUACCACUUUUUUAUGGUCAGAAAUCUUUUUCGGAAACAAUUCUCAUAAAACCCGUUCGAAAGUAUGGAGAAGAGCAAAUGAAAACAUACGAAACGAAUCCAAAAAUUGUAGUUACAGUUUCCGUUGAAGAGGAUAUAAAUAUUAUUGGCUCUACAAUAAUGAAUUGUACAGUGGAGAGUAUUUAUAAUAUACCUUUAUUGAUGACACCUGAAAUGGAAUAUAUGAUGUGUGGAAUUAUCUCAGUGAAUGAAACCGAAAAAUGUUGCAUGAUGUUUGCAAACCCCAAAUACACCACACAAAUAAGUGAGGAAUCAAACAGAUUAUGGCCUGGUGUGCAGAAUAUAGGUUUUGAUGCUUAUUCCACGAAAUAUAGGAUGAGCUCAGAUGAGGGAUCAAUUUUAUGUAAGUUAGAAGACGAUAUUCUUCCCUACUUGAAACAAGACAACCCAAGAUUGGAGUUCAACAUGAUUAGGAGAAAUUUUUUAUUGCGAGACGGAAUGAACAAUCUUGCUGCGCACAUCAAAACGCAUCGCCACCUGGUGAUGGAAUUUUACAUGACGACUAAAGUUUCGAAAAAAUCUUCGUCAAAUGUGUCGUCACAAAAAUUGAACAAGAGUAGCAAAAGGAUGUUGUCAGCUACAUCAGAAUCCUCUCAAAAUAGUCACGAAAGUUUCAAGAAACCUACGAGUAAACAGCAACCGUUUUUGCAUCUUAUGACUAUUCUAGAUGUAUCUACCCUUUUAUACCCAGGAGUUCGUUGUGUACGAGUUGCAAGUCCCUUGACAACUUUCAGUAAAGAAGAUGCUCUAAAAUUUGGAGGUCUGAAAGAUUCUUAUUUCAGUCAGUCGGAUGAAGAAAAUAUCCAACAAAAACAAAAAGGUUCACCCAAAAAAAGUAAAGGGGGUAAAAAAGAUAAGGGAUCGAAGGAAAAGAAAUCAACACAAAGUUCUAGAUCCACGAAAGAUGUUAUCAAAGAAUCAACUGAUGAAAGUCCAGAAGAGGCUCCUCCGGAACCGGAACCAAGCAUGCCAGUUUUCGAUGAAAACGGAAAACCCUGUUUCAUCAUCGUUGAAAUCGAGUUAUCAAAACCAAUAGUUCCAGAACAUGAUGUGGAAGAUCUAACCGAACGGUUGAAAAACAUGCUCAAGAAACUAGGACAUACUUCAAUUAAAAUAGAGCAUCCGAAAGGGAACCCUCUCAGAGAUAUAUUGAAUGAUAUAAUUCAGGACAUCAAUAAGAACUUUCCAAGAUUUCUAGAGAGUAAUUGUUCGCGUAAAGUAAUCAACCAGACCACAGAUGAUUUCUUGAAUUUCAUAAAGUCUACUGGAGCGUAUAGGGAUUACUUGACCGCUAUAUCCGAGAUUGCAACGCCUUUAGUGAAAUCUAGAAUAGGCCUGGGUAUGGAUAUCGAAAAGAACAAUAAACACCACCAAAAUUUAAUCAGUGGAGAAUUCGUCUAUUUCGUUGAAGGAAUGAACGAAACUCUCAACAAGUUGGCCUGCCAAGGAAUGGAACCAGCAAUUGGAGAAAGAUUCUUGAAUAACACUCUCUUCUUCGCAAAAGAGGCUUUGGAAAUGAAGGAUCCUGUUUUGGCAAAAAGAUACCUGCUUGAGAGAAUCAGUAGCGAUGGAAAAAAUCCAAACUACUGGUUUGAUUACGCAGUAUAUUCUAUGGAAAUGAAAGAUGAUAUAAAAGCGUACGUUUGCAUAAAAGAAGCUCUAUUAAUAAAUCCUGCUCAUAAAUAUAGUUUGUUGUUUUUCGCAAUCCUCUUGGACGAAAGAAACCUCAAGGAAGAAGCAGAAGCGUGUCUCUUGAACCUCACGAUACAAGCUCCACGAUGGUCGGAAGGAUGGGCCAUUUUGUACUUGUUUUAUAAGAAAUAUGAAAACUACGAGGGCAUGGAUGUAUCUUUGGCAAUGGCCAAAAAAUAUGUAGAAGAUGAACGAACUCCCAUAGAUUAUUUCACGUAUUUCGAAGACUUAGCAUGGACUUACAAAAUUUGUCCCACGAGCAUAUUUUUCAGGGCUGCAACAAGUUUACUGAAAAUGAGAUUAUACGAUUGGACAGAAAGAUGUCUUUCAGAAGAAAACAAUAAUCACAGUGGCUUAGUAAAUUAUCUCCUCUCCGCAAUUUGCUACUACAAAGGACUUUACUCUGAUGCUUUGCAACAUAUAGAGAAGACUAAGUCAGAUUAUGGGUUGAAUUAUGCCAUUGCUGCUCUUUCUGGGCACUGUCUUUAUGCUCUCAACAAGAUGGGGGAAGCUAAACAGGAAUAUUGUCACACACUUGGAUACAUCAACAGGCCAAAUUUUAUCCAUUUGGUUUAUUUGAACUAUGCCGAUAUUUUAGAAAAAUGUGGAGACUACCAAGAAUCCAAAAAAAUAUUGUUGCUUGCCAAUAAGUAUACUCCUACGCCUACCAGUUGGUUGAAAACUGGUCUGUUAUACUUUAAGGAAAACGAUUUACUUGGAGCUGAAGAAUGUUUCAGGGAAGGAAAUCUAAUUGAUCAUCGUCGUUAUGAGUUAUGGGAAAACUUGUGUUCAAUUAACUUGAAGCUGAAUAGACCACAUGAAGCAGAACUGUGUAAUCAGCAAGCAAUAAAUCAUAAAUUAGAGAAACAGAGACUUGAAAAGGGCAUUGAAAAUUAGUUUGAAAAAUGGAAAAGCAGAUAACCCUAUUUUUUGUUAAUAGUUUAUAUAAAGGAUUGAUCAGUCAAUAAACUAGCAAUUAAUGUAAUA